AUGAAAGCCAAGUAUAAUUUGAGGAGUUCAAUUCUUGAGGCCUCAAGUGGGAAUCGACCAUCUUAUGCUUGGAGGAGUAUACAACGGUCGUAUGAUCUUCUCAAAGAAGGGUUGAUAUGGAGAAUCGGGAAUGGGAGUAGUGUUAAAAUCUGGGGUGAGAAGUGGAUUCCAAAGCCAAACACUUACAAGGUGCAAUCCCACCCCCAUACACUAGAUCGUGAAUCGGUAGUGAGUGUCCUUAUUGAUCUUGACACUAGAUGGUGGAACCAGCCUUUGCUCAAGGAGAUAUUCACACCAGAGGAGAUCACCUUAAUUCAGACUAUACCAAUUGGGGGUACCUCUCAACGCAAUUUGCAAAUUUGGAGAGGAACGACCUCGGGAAUCUUCACGGUUAGGAGUGUAUAUCACCUUGUAAAAAAGAUUACUACGGGCUCAAAGGCAGAGACGCCGAGCCGGGACAGUGACAGUCCUGUUUGGCAAGGAUUAUGGGGUUUAACAAUUGCAAAUGCGAGUAAGAAUUUCAUGUGGAGAGCUUGUCACGAUUUGCUACCGACAAGAAACAAUCUAGUUCGAAAGAAAAUUACUAUUGAUCCCAUGUGUCUGAUAUGUGGGAGAGAAGUUGAAACUACUUUCCAUAUAAUUUGGGCAUGCUCCUCUUUGAUGGAUGUAUGGAGUGGGGGAUCACGCACAUUUCAGAAAUUCAUUCCACUAUCUUCUGAUUUGUUACUGUUGGCGGAAGGAAUAUACCAGAAAUGUGAGAGAGAAGAAUUCACUAUUUUUGUGGAAACAUUGAGGAAAAUUUGGUUCCGCAGAAAUAGGUGGAUACACGAAGGUGUUUUUACCCCCCCAAAUGAAGUGCAUGGGCAGGAUGGCGGUGAUGGCUGUGGAGGAGUUCACGCGGUGUAA